AUGAGAAUGGAACAACACGAAGCAUCCUCUCCAACACUUCCCCUCGAACCAGCUUGUACACUCAUCUUUCUCACUUUUAAUCUAGCAUGCUUUAUGUGGCAGGCAUUGACAGCUGCCUCCAUGUACAGAAAGUCACGAAAGCCUAUUGUAGGCUUAGUUUGCGCUCAGGCCAAUUUAGGCAUCGCUGUUACCAUUGUCAGUAUCGUUACGUCGGUCAAAGAAAUUGACUGUAUGUUUCGGUUAUUGUUCUCGGUGCUGGGAGUCAAUUUGGCAGACAUGGCAUUACAAUUUGUAUUGUUGUGGAAAGCUUUCUUGGGGAAUAAUCGAUCCAAGGUGAUCCUCAUUCUAGGCUGUAUACCCAUCUGUUCGCUCGCCAUCUUUAUCAUUAUCAAUUUUACAUUUGGAAGAUCAGCUACAAACUAUGCUGGAGGGUUCUGCGCCACGGUUUAUCCCACACAUAUUGUUAUUGCGAAAUCCAUCAUUGAUUGUACGGCGAAUUUAUUCUUGUCGGGCUGUUUUAUUUUUGUCAUCUAUCGACAUUAUCGUAUCCUUGGUAAUAGUAUCCAAAAGACGUUGCUGAAAGAAGGAUUGACUUAUCUGUUUGGUGUAUGUAUAUCGAAUAUUGUGACAGGCACCCUACUAGCGUGCCAUAUAUUCCAGGGCAACACACCUAUUUUGUAUACGGCUGACUGGUGUCUUGCCUCUUAUUUGAUUGUUAAACAAUUGCAACGCAAAAAGAGCGACGAUGUUGAAAAUGAUGAGAGUACGAAAUGCACAAAAGACGCGUCGCCUUCAAAAGGAGAAGAAGAAGAAGACGAAGAAGAAGAAGAAGAUGAAGAUGAUGAUGACGAAGACAGAUAUGAUGAUGAAGACAAAGAUGUGUGUAUGAAAUAUAGAGAAAACGGAACCUAUAACGGUGAUGAUGAUCUGGAAAAGAAUAAGAGUCGACGAAAACGAAAUUCAGAAGCUUACUAUUCCAAGGGCAGUACGUUGGUGGCUGCAUCACCUUCGACACUGACGACAAGAUAUUCAAGCACGGUAGAUGAAGAAAAGCAAACUUACUAUCAUUAUCCACACCUACCUGAUAGCAUAACAAUAAGCAUGAAACAGUGA